AUGGCGCCGCGCAGUGCGCUCGCCAACAUUUCCUUCACCGUCGACUCGGCCUCGGAAGACGACAUGACCCCCGACGAGCUCGACGCCAUGCCCACGCCGGACUCCAACACCGAAACCAAAGCGCCGGCGCGCAAGGCGCGUGGCAAGGCCGCGCAACCGGCCAGAAGCGCUCCUGCGGCCAAGGCGACGGCGAGAGGCCGGCCUGCGACGCGUGUAGCCGAGGCUCAAAAGGACGCUGCCGCGAAGAGGGCGCCCGCAAAGGCUGGUCGCAAGGCGCCGGCGGGGCGCAGGAACGGCGCAGGGAGCGACGGAGAGGAGCGAGCAGACGAGCUCGACGAAGACCAUGUCGCUGAAGCGACGGGGCCUGUGAAGCCUGCCAAGAGAGGGCGGCCGGCCAAAGCGAAGAAAGUGCAGGAGGAAGAGGAGCCUGCGCAGGAAGAGCCCGCGCCCGUGAAGCGAGGGCGCAAACCAGCAGCGAAGGAGCCGGUGGUGAAGAAAGAGGCCAGGCCGAAAACUGUCGCAAAGCCACGGACGACCAAGCGCGGCGCAGACACGGAAGCGGAACCGGAAGCUUUCACGAUCCCAGAGACACAGCCGGAGCCGGAUGCGGAUGCCAUGGACGUUGAGGACUCGAUAGAAAUGGAGGAGAUACCCGAGAGCAUGCCGCCUCCACCGCGGCCGUCGGCGCGACGCACAGCAGCGAGCAGGACACGGCAGCCCUCAGCUGGUGCGCGGCGGGCGGGGAGCGUGUCAGACACCGAGCGCGAUCCGGCCGCGCGGCGGAAAGUGGGUGAUCUGACCAAGAAGCUGGAAGCCAUGACGGCGCGGUACGAGACGCUGAAGGACGCUGCGACGUCAGGCAAGGAAUCGAGCUUUGAGCAGCUGCGGAAGCGGACAGAGCAGGCCGCGAAAGACCAAGAUGCCGUGAUCAAGGCCCUCAAACAACACGUCUCGGACCUCCAAGCCCGCACCGCCGAUAUCACGACAAGGAACAAGGAAAUCGCAUCACUCACCAAGACCAACGCAGCCCUGGCAGCCGAAAACAAGAAGCUCGCCGACUCGCUCAACACGGCGCAGAAGGAGAACACGACGCUCAACACCAAACUCGCCGCCGCGCGCUCCUCGACCCAGCAAGAGACCAAAGUCCCCGGCAGCGCCAUGAAAUCGCGCACCACGGGCGUUGUGCUGCCCGGCAGCGCCGAAGCCGCCAAAGACGCCAUGCUGCAGAAGCAGAAGGUGGAGAUGUACUGCGACCUGACCAACCUCGUCAUCGUGGCCGUCAAGAAGAACGACGACGACGAGGACGUGUAUGAUUGUCUGCAGACGGGGCGGAACGGAACACUGCACUUCCACCUCACCGUCUCCGAGGGCAGCGAGUCCUACGCCGACACGGAAUUCGUCUACCAGCCGCUCCUCGACGAGCAGCGCGACAGAGAACUGCUUGACCUACUGCCAGAUUACUUGACCGAGGAGAUCUGCUUCCCGAGAGCGCACGCGGCGAGGUUCUUUUCCAAGGUUGUUGAUUCUAUGAGUAAGCGGAUUGUGCUGGAGGAUGAGGAGUAA